AUCAAACUAGCUAGCAAUAAGCUACAGAGCACUGCCUGUUGUUUCUUCUUCCUCCUCUCUCCCCUCUCGAUCGAUCGAUCCAACAAGCUAAGCUUGGUCCUUGCUUUCUAGCUGCCUGGUACGGUCUAGCGACCGAUCGAUCGAUCGAUCGACCAUGUCGUCCUUGCUAUGUAUUAGCCGCAGGAACAACAAGAAGGACAGCGAUGGCGAUGGAGAGUACGGUGGCGAGCAGAUCAUCAUCAGCACGGGCGGCGCGGCCAUGAGGAAGGGCCCGUGGACGGACGAGGAGGACGAGCAGCUGGUACGGUUCGUGCGCCUGUUCGGCGAACGCCGAUGGGAUUUCUUAGCAAAGGUGUCAGGUUUGCGCGGUGGCGGGUGCGUCGACCGAUCCGCCUCCAUGCAACUCCGCAUGCACGAGGAGGGUCGGUCGGCCUCGAUCGAGCAGCUAGCAGUGUUCUUAACCGUUUGCUUCUUCUUCUUCCUCCUCAUCUUUGUCGCGUAUCUGCGUGCGGCUCUUGUGGAUACGGACGGCGACGUGCGUGCAGGUCUGAGGCGCACCGGCAAGAGCUGCCGCCUCCGGUGGGUGAACUACCUCCACCCGGGGCUCCGGCGCGGCCGCAUCACGGCCGAUGAGGAGCGCCGCAUCGUGGAGCUCCACGCGCAGUGGGGCAGCCGGUGGUCGCGCAUCGCCAGGAGCCUGCCCGGGCGCACCGACAACGAGAUCAAGAACUUCUGGAGGACGCGGACCAGGAAGAAGGCGCUCGAGGAGAGGAGGGCUGCCGCAGCAGCAACGUCGACGGCGGCGGAGUCGGCGUCCUCGGUGAUGACGGUGUCGUCGUCGUCCGAGUGCCGCCGCCCGCCCGUAUCGUCGUCGUCGUCGUCGUCUUCGCUACGGCGGGACGAAGCGCGGCGCAGCGGCGACGAGACCGAGGAGGCGUCCACGCCCACCGCGGCGCCGGCGACCAAGCACGAUGAGGAACCCCAGCCGCAGCCGCAGGAGUGCUACGACUUCCCCAUGGACCAGCUGUGGAACGAGAUCGCGGCAGCCGAUGCGGCGGCGAUGAGCUACCUUGUCGUGGACGCCUGCUGGGGCGGAGCUGCUGUUGGUGGUCACUGUUAUUACUACGGCGCCGCCGCAGCCUCAGCCGCCUCGCCGCCGCCGCCGGCCUCGCCGCCGUGGGAGUACUGCGGCUCCGAUUUUUCGCUGUGGAGGAUCGACGACCAAGAGUACUACAAGAAGAUGCUCGACUCCUCCUCCUGAUCCCGGCCCGCGACUCAUAUCGUUUGGCGAGGACACACGUACAUACGCGCUCUGUGAAUUUGCUAGCUCAUAUAUAUUAUCCAGGCGAGGCGAGGAACGAGCUGAGAUCAUGGUGGUGAGAUGAGAUGAGAUGAGAUGAGAGAGUAGUGUGUAUUAAUGGUGGUUCAGAUCGAGUAGUGUGAUAAAUUAACAG